CCCGACGCAAAGAUGGCGGAAGCGAUUGCGGGCGUUUGAAUUCCAGGGAAGCCGCCAAAUCCGCGCACAAAGGCGCCGGGAGCCGCGGGAGCCGCGCGGCCGAUCCAUGGAUUCACUGCCGGGGGAGGACCCGACGCUGCCGCUGGCGUUGGAGGGCAGCGUCAGCGGCCUCCAGCUGCCGGACACCUCCCGCGGGGACCCCCAGCCCGGCCCGCCCGGCGGACAAGUGGUACCAGAUGUGGCAGAAGACACAGUCUCACCAACUCGAGCUCGGACCAUGAAGGACUAUGAAAAUCAAAUCACUGAUCUGAAAAAAGAAAACUUCAACCUGAAACUUCGUAUUUAUUUUCUGGAGGAGCGAAUGCAGCAGAAGUUUGAUGGUCCCACUGAAGAAAUCUACAAAAUUAACAUUGAGCUGAAAGUUGAGAUAGAAAGUCUGAAGCGUGAACUGCAGGAGAGGGAGAAGCUACUCAUCAAGGCCUAUAAGGCAGUUGAAAGCUUGGCUCAGGGUGGUGAUGCUGAAGUGCAGCAUGGGAAAGAGGCACAAAAGAAGAUGCAAGAGAUGGAGGAAAUGCUGACUGGCAGAAUUAACCUUCUGGAAGAGAAUCUUCAAGCUGCCCAAGAAGAGGUGGAAAAAGCCCUUGCAAUGACAGAGAAGGAGAAAGCUCUGAGAAUCGCUGCUGAGCAGAAACUUGCUUCAAUUAUGAAUGCCCCUGCACAGGAUGUGGACAAGGUUACAGAAGCUGAGAAAGACAGACUUAUAGAGCAACUGAAUCUAUCACUGAAAAGUAAAGAAGCUCUAAUUCAACAUCUUGAAAAGGAAAAGUCUCAAAGUGGAUCUUCUGACAGGAACUUGCCAGCAGAACAAAUCAGAGAACUUACCAUUGCUUUGAGGCUUGAAAAGGAUAGUGAGAUAGAGGCUCUUAGAAUGGAGCUUAAAAAUGAGAGAAGUUCCUUUGAAAAGAAAAUUCAGUCACUCCAAGAAGAGCUACAAGAGAGAGAAAAUGAGCUUGCUGUUGAAAAGAAGAAUGGUUUGAAAAGGGACAAAACUAUCCAAGGACUAACUGUUGCCUUAAAAGCAAAGGAAAAAGAGAAUGAGGAGCUGGGUUCUGAAAUUGAAGAGUUAAAUGCUUCAUUGGCUAAGGCAAGAGAGGCAACUCACAAGGCACAUGUCCAAAAAUUCAAGGGGGCUGCAGAUUAUCAGGCUCUGCUGAUGGAAAAGGAGACCCUGCUGGCAGAGCUGCGCUCAGAGAACCUCACAAAGGACGCUGAGAAUCGCAGGCUACAAAGGAUAAUUAAAGUUACUGGUCAAGAGCUGAGUGAUCUGAAUCUGGAAAGAGAGAAAAUGGAGAAGGAGCUGGAUGAAGCACAACUGCAGAAGAGCAGAAGUGACAAAACCAUUAAUGACCUUAGAAAUCAACUAGAGAAAUUACAUGGUGAAAUGACUGAGAAAGAAAAAGCAGUUGAACACCAUUACAAUAUCCUUUUGAGUGAAAGCAAUCAGAAGCUGCAGAGCCAAGAACUUGUUAUAAGGCAGCUGACAGACAGUGUCAAUCACAAAGAUCUGCUGCUUAAGAGGCUUGAUGGAACAGUCAAAGAAAAGGAUGCAGAGCUGGAGGAGCUCCAGAAUAAGUGCAAGAACCUUCUAAGAGCUAAUGAAGAACUUGAACUGAAAAAUGAGGGCUUAGUAAAGGAGAAAUGUGCUGCACAGACUCAACAGUCAAUUAUCAAGAUAGUCAGAGAGCUGGAGGAAAAUAAAGAAGCUGAAUAUGAGAAGCUGAUCCUUGCUUUAAGGAAAGAACAGAAUAUUUAUUCCACCCUAGUGAAGACCUUCAAGGAGUCAGAUAGUAUAAAUAGCUUGCAAGUGGAACUGAACAACAUUUUCAUGUUGAGAAAACAACUGGAAGAAGAUGUUUUAGGUAACAGGAAUCUCCAGAAGAUCUUACAAGAUCAGAUUAAGGACAUGAAAAACCACCAAGAUGAAACACUAUCUUUCUGUGGAGAUCAAACAUCUUAUAUGAGUAUCUGUUUAGGAGAACAAGACCAUUUAAGCCUUCAGAUAGACCAUCUGUCUCUGGAAGAACUUAAAAAAAAGGUUACUGACCUGCUCCUGAUGGUCAAAGAGCUGCAGUCAAUUAAUCAACAACUUAAGGCAAGACAGUGUGGUUGUUGUACAAAGGAUUCUCAAGGGAAGGAAGCACUGAAAAUAUCAAACCACAGAGAGGUAUGCCUUCAAGUAUCUUUGGAUUUUCCUUGUGAGGUGGAUAAACGGCAGAUAACUCCAUCAGGCUAUUCAGAGAAUUUCUGCAAAGACAGACAUUAUAGGAGUCCAAUUAAGCCUCAAUUUGAGCAUGAUACAACUGCCAAACACUUGGGCAGAACAGGAAUGAGUGAAGAUGACACAGAAGAGAGCUUGCUCACAUCUCUUAGAAGAGAAAAUAGAACAUCUGUGCUGGAAUCUACCAGACAAGAACAAAUGAAAAUUGUAAAUGAACUGUUAGAUCAUCUGAACACGACAGAGGAAGAAUGUUCAAGUGAAGAUAUAGAGAAAAAGGAUGAAAAAGAUCUUAGACAAAUGAUUAUUCAACUAAGAGCUGAACUCAAACAUUUCAAGCAGGUCACUAAAUUCUUAAAGCAGCGAGUAGAAUUGAAAUCAACUUUUGAUGGGGAAGAGAAGCUUUACCCAGAUGCAGUGCCACAGAUUAAUAAGGCGAUUCAGUUGUUAAAAGUGGAAUUGAAAGAUGCAGCUACGCAAACAAUGACUUUGGAGAGUAAUGUCAUGAGAUUCAAACAUGAAGGCAAAAAAGGAGCCUCAGAAGAAAAGUCAAAAUAUUCAAGAUUAAAUGCUGAAGCAGAACAUCAGCAAGAAAAUGUGUAUAAGAAGGGUGAACAGCAUGAAAGGCUUUCUUUUACUAGAACAAAUGAAGCUGACUCUGCUUCCUUGCCCAAGAAGUCACGUCUGCCUGUGCUUGUAAGAUCCUGCAGACCACUAGGAAAUGUGCCUUUGAACUCCUGGCUGCAGAAAUCAGCUUCAGAACCACAGCAUCCUUCCAGGGCACCUGGUGAAGGUCUGAGAAGCUGUGAAGUACAAACCAAAGCAUUUCAGGCACAACCUAAUGGAGAGUUACUGCAUGAGUUCAGAGCUGAAAACCUUCCAGGGGAGCCUGCACAGGGAAACACAUCAGGGAGAGUUGUCUCAUUGCCCAAACUGGAUAAUACUGAGACCCAGGUGGAGAUGCAAGAUGUUGAUCCAGUUACAGGGGACAAGAAUGAAAAUGUAAAGGACAAAAAUCAGCAAAACUAUCAAGAAAUGCAAAAUCAUCAUAACAUUAUCAAUGGGAAUAUCCAGAGUUCAUUAAAAGAGGUGGAUGAAGAGUUUUAUUCCACGGGACAUGGAGACACUGACCCCAAAUGCCUGUGUGCUCACCAAGGGAGUGGGGCAAGAGCAGAUGCACUCGAUGGCUGUGAAGCCACAGAGGAUAUAGAGGAAUUGAAGCAAAGAGUUAAGAAUAUGCAGUCUGAGCUUGAAAAGUACAAAAUGUCCCUGCUGCAGCUGCAGGGCUCUGAGCAGCUCUCGUUUGGUGGUGUUGCCAGUGGAGUUGUGAGUGAUGCAGCCCUGCCUGUGGAAGGGUUUGUCACACAAGUGCAAGAUACAGCCCAGGAAGGAGUCCAGACAUCCUCUGGUGUCCCUCAGCUGGAUUAUGAGAUCCACACCAAAAACAGGGAUUCUGAGUCUGUGGAAGCACCUGAUACAUGGGCAGCACAAAACCUUAAGGAGCUACUGUUGGCCAGUGAGGCAGAACUCGACAAAGAACAAGUUGGGAAUGUGCAUCCUGAUGGAAUGUAUCCUCUUCAGAACAGCCUGAGAGCAACAUCACCAUCCAAAUACGAUUCAUUAGUUCACUCACAAGUUCGGGAGCUGUCCUUCCAAUGCCAACAAAUCAAGGAGAUCCGUUGUGGCUGUGUCACCUACCACCAGCACCUCACCAGCCUGGUGAAAGCCUUUGAGGAGCUGCUCCAGGCCAGUGAUGUUGAUUACAGCCUUGCUGAAGGUUUCCGUGAGCAGCUGAACCAAAGUGUGCUGCUGUUUGAGAAACUGGAAAUGAAAUUCCUCUACGGAGAAUCAAUAGGUACAGAAGUCACUAUACUUUAUGAAUUGGCUCAAAGGGAUAAUGAGAAGAAUGCCACCAUGCACCAGCAUCUGCAGGAAGAGACUCCUGUGCCUUCUGCUCUUCACAGCUCAUCUGACUUUGAUUUGUCAGAGAAGUCUCCUCUUGGCUCACCUGAGCACAGGCAUGACCUGGGAGGCCAGCACAGCACACUGCCACCUCUGCCCAGCAAGUUUCCUCCAGAGUUAUUAAUGGAACACCUGCAAGAAAUUAGAAUCCUGAGACAACGUUUAGAAUACUCCAUAAAAACCAAUGAGAGACUGAGGAAGCAGCUUGAGAGACAAGUAACAGACAAGGAACUAGAUCAAGGUUCUGCAAACAUUUUUAUCCAUGGCUCAGAGCAGCAUAAUUCCCUGACUUCUGAAAUACAUUUCCUGAGGAAGCAAAAUCAAGUUCUGAAUGCAAUGCUAGCAAAAGGAUCUAGAGAUAAACAAAAGGAAAAUGAAAAGUUAAGAGAAUCUCUUUCGAAGAAGAAUGCAAUCAUUGAGCAUCUUCAUGAGGACCAUGAAUGCGUCAAGAAAGAAAACGAAAAGUUGCAAAAGCAGAUUUGCCAAAAGGAAGAUGAAAUCAGAUACCUGACAUGCCAAAUUUACAGCAGUCGCAAUGAACUGAACAGGUUGCAAACAGAAAUUAAUGUCAAGCAGCAUCAGAUCUCUGAGAAUGAGAAGUUGCUGCAGUCGCUGCGGACUGAGAUCAAGGUUUAUGAGAAGCUGGAAGAAGCAAGGAGGAAGGGGACAGACCCCAGAUGUGAUGCCUCAGAAGAAUUCCGGAAAGAUCAGAAUAAUCCACUGGAUUUACACGAGCUGCUGACUGAAAUCCAGAGCCUGCGAGUGCAGCUGGAGAGGAGCAUAGACACCAACAAGUCUUUGCAUGAAAAACUGGAAGAACAGCUUUCCAAAGGGAAGAGAGAGGAAGUGGGAGUGGUGCCAGCUGUCAGUAUCAACUGCCUGCUGAAGCCAGGCUCUCAGCCCUGUGCAGGACUGGAUGAAAAUCUCUGCAGCUGCCCUGCUGCCAGGAGGAACAUCUGUGAGCUGCAGAAGCAGCAGCACGGACGCUGCAUUUCAGCAGAGAAACCAGGUACUCAGGCAGCCCCUCAGGAGGACGUGGACAGUGCCUCCCUGUGCAGCAGCACCUCGGGCUCCAGCAGGACGUGCACCCCACGCCUGGUGCCCGGCCAUCGGAUGUGGGCGGACAGGAACGGCCGCCACGUCCUGGGCCUCAUCGAGGACUACGAUGCCCUGAGGAAACAGAUCUCAGAGGGGCAGCAGGUGCUGGCAGACAUGGAGACAGCACUCAGGGAGGUCACUGGCACCAAGCUGCAGGAGCCUGGAGUAAAGGUACCAGAGCAGGCAUCCCUGCAUGGCUUUUCCACCAACACUCACACAGUCCAGCAGAUUUUAGAAGAGGCUGCACGUUCCCUGAAGCUUCUCUGGAGAGUUUCUCUUCCCCUGAAAGCUGCUCAUGGUACUGCUCAGGGCAUUCAGGAUGAAGGAAUGAAAGCAGAAAUAUUUAGGUUGCGUAAGAAACUGUGUGAGCAAGAGAAGAAGUUGCACAGCACAGUGAAACGCCUGCACUCCACAAACCAGCUGAAGGAAAACAUGGAGAAAGUCAUCAUUGACCAGUUGGUUUUAACACAUGAUGUCUUGAAGAAGGCCAGAGGAAACCUGGAAGUUCCACCAGCUGAGAAUCAAAAAUCACCUUCCUACACCAGCAAAAAAAGGAUUCUCUGAAGGAGAAAGUUCUGCUAACAGAGACCGGUUUUCUGAGUGUUGUUUGCUUUGUGCUGCCUUACUAUUUAUUGAUGUAAAAAAAUGUUUGUUCAGCUCUUUUAAUGGAAUCAGCCUUUGACCAAAAAAAAAAAAAAAA